AGCUCGCAGCGUUAGCCAGCCACAACACCACACCAUCACAAAGCAUUCUACCACUAGACCGCACAGGUAAAGCUCGAGCUUUGCGCUAAGAGAGUUCAUCGGCAGCCAUGAAGAGCACCAAGCUCGCGGCGAUCCUGAUCCUCCAGGCCGUCCUGGUCAUGGGGAUCCUCUCCCACGUUAACGCCGACUUCUUCCCCAAGUGCUGCAACAACUGCAGGUCCUUCUCGGGGGUCGACGUCUGCGACGACGCCCACCCCCAGUGCCCCAAGGGCUGCUCCGCCUGCCGCGUGGUGACCCCGAGCCCUCACAAGACGUUCCGCUGCGCCGACAUGAAGAGCACCGUCGACGGCACCUGCGGUGGCCCAUGCAAAAAGCACUGAUCGCUUCAGGGCUUCAGGCUCGGACGAGGUGUGCCGCCUAGAAUAAAGCUCAGAUGAGAUGAGCAGUCAUCGUGUUGCUAUGUUUGUGUGUGGGCCGUGCUAUACGGCCAACAAUAUGUACGCUGUUUAUCGUCACUGUGUUUUCUCUCUCGAGAAAAAGCUGGUGUUGCUUGUUGAAUAAACACCUCUGAUGGUUGUGCGUGUCUACUCAUCAAAAACAUGAAAAUCAGUUCUCUUGCACAA